GUGAGCGCGCGCAUCGGCAGAAUAUUCUGGUUAAAAAGACCUCGCCGGAAGCUGUCAUGCGGCCAGUGGACUUCAUUCAUUCUCCACAGUGUUAUUUUGUUUAAAACGGGCCUUUUUUUUCAGAACCCCAGCCAUGACGCUGACGCCUCUGGUGUACUGGGCGCAGCGCCACGAGGAAAUUUACCUGCGCGUCGAGCUGACAGACGCCCUGAAUAUUGACGUCCAAGUGCAUGAGAAUGUCCUGCGGUUUCAAGCUCUGGGGCACGGUGCUAAAGGACAGCAUGAAUACGAGUUCAGCUUAGAGUUCCUUUUACCAGUAAAAUCGGAGGUGAGCUACAAGUCCACACAGCGGCAGAUAAACAUCAUAGUGCGGAAAGAGCAGCGAGGCUGGUGGGAAAGGCUGACCGCGCACGAGCGGAAACCGGUUUUCCUGGCACCAGAUUUCGACCGCUGGCUGGACGAGUCGGACGCCGAGAUGGAGAUCCAGGAAAAGGAGGAGAAAAGGAACAGACUGAAGUCUAUGAAGCAUACAGAUGAAGGGUUUGUUAGCCUGAAAACAGCCUUUCUGCUUGUUUACAACCUGGUCCAGUUUCUUGGAUUUUCAUGGAUCUUCGUCAACAUGACUGUACGCCUCUUCAUCUUUGGGCAAGAUUCACUCUAUGACACCUUUCACACCAUAUCGGAUGUGAUGUUCUUCUGCCAGAUCCUGGCAUCAGUGGAGGUGCUGAAUGCUGCUUUCGGUGUGGUCCGGAGUAGCGUCACUCCCGCUCUCAUACAGGUGGUUGGAAGAAAUUUUGUCCUCUUCGUCAUUUUUGGCAGUCUGGAGGAAAUGCACCACCGGCCGGUCGUCUUCUUUGUUUUCUAUCUGUGGAGCGGCAUUGAGAUUUUCAGGUAUCCGUUUUACAUGCUGGGCUGCUUUAACACAGAGUGGAAAACUCUCACUUGGCUACGCUACACAGUCUGGAUCCCACUGUACCCAUUAGGUGUUUUAGCUGAAGCUGUUGCAGUGAUACAGUCCAUUCCCAUAUUUAACCAAACCAAACUCUUCAGCAUUCCUCUGCCGAGAGCCAUCGGGACUUCCAUCAGCUUCUCUUACGUCUUGCACGUCUACCUGAUCCUCAUGUUUUUGGGGCUUUUUAUCAACUUUCGGCACCUUUACAAGCAGAGGAAAAGACGAUUCCGGACCAAAAAGAGGAAGGCGCAUUAAUCCUCAGGCACCGACAAAAAAAAUCGUUGAACGCCUCGGCUGCCUGCUUACAUCUGGACACUUCUUUCUUAACACCAUCACCGUCCUAAACGCUGCUCAAGUUUAGAGCGUUUUUUUGUUAAUAAAAAGACUUCCUCUUCUGAAGAACCUUUCCUUUCUGCAGAUUGUGCAACAUUUCAUCAUUGCAUAAUCACACUCACCAGUAAUUACGUUAUCAUAAACUAGAUGUUCUGGAUUAUUGAAGAGAUGUCAAACCACAGAGAUCGAAAUGUUGGGACAUCUUUUUCCUUUUCCCCCCCUGAUGCUUUUUAUGAUUGCUGUCUUUUGACAUGAUUUCUCCAUAGCAGAAGAUAAUAUUUGAUAUAGAAUCAUUGCUGUUUAAAACAACAAGGAGUAGUAUCAUCUAAUGCAGUUUAUUUUAUCUUUGAAAUCUGAGAAAAAAAAAAAAAAAGCAAUGACCUUUAAA